GACCAGCGGGGGGGUUGAGCUAAUCGGUGUGCUGCUGGAGGAAGAUCAGUCUGGCAGGUACGGACGCUUCUGGGCCAGCAGCCGCAAGAAUUUUGUGUGUGUGCCUUUCUGGAGUAUAUUCUGGGUGUUGAGGCCAGCCCCAGCGGGCCCCAGGCGACUCGCUGACCACACGGAGUGGCAGGUAGAGUGUGGUGGAGCCUUACCAGUGUAUUGAUCUGGGAGUGUGACGCCACCAUCUUCCAGUGCAGCGACAGGCGGCCACACACCACCAUGGAGUCGUAAACACUCUCCCGCUUCUCACACUCUCACACCAACUACCAUCACUCUCGCUCCUCUCCACAAGCUAAGAAGGCUCGGCUGCCAGGAUGAGGCUUCGACGCAGCGCGGCGCCCGAGGGCACCACGCCCGACACCCUCACACCAGAGGAACCAGAGAACAUCACGGAGGGAGUUGAACUGACGGAGGCGGUGACGCUGGCGAGCGCUGUGCCCGAGGCGGAGGAGGUGCCCCCGGCUUCCACCACCAUGUCCUCGGGGGAGAAGUUCCAAGAGGAGUUCAUGGAGACCGCGGGCAUAGUGGCCCAGAAGAUGGGUAUGCCGGUGGAGGGCCUCAUUGCCAUCCUUGUGGGUGUAGGCAUCGUCAUCCUUGCCAUCUGUUUCUGCUGUAUCCGACGAUGCUUCAAGAAGAGACGCACCAAGAAGGGCAAGGAUGGAAAGGGCGCCGACAUGAAGAGUGUCCAGCUCUUGGGCUCGGCUUACAAAGACAAGGCCGACAUGGAGGAGCUAACAGAGAAUGCUGAAGACAUCGCCGAGGAAGGAGAGAGCAAGAAAAGUGAAGAGAAGCUAGGUCGUCUAAACUUCAAGCUCGAGUACGACUUCAACUCCAACAGUCUGAGUGUAACGGCGAUUCAGUGUGAGGAACUACCUGCCCUGGACAUGGGUGGCACCAGUGACCCCUAUGUCAAGGUGUAUUUAUUGCCGGACAAGAAGAAGAAGUUUGAGACAAAAGUGCAUCGCAAGACACUAAACCCUGUCUUCAACGAGACCUUCACUUUCAAGCAGGUCCCCUAUGCCGACAUCAUGUCUAAGACGCUCGUCUUUGGCAUCUACGACUUCGAUCGCUUCUCCAAGCACGACCAGAUCGGCGAGGUGAAGAUUCCCCUGUGUCAAGUGGACCUCGCCCAGACCAUUGAGGAGUGGCGUGAUCUGGUCUCUGUAGAGGGCGAUGGUGGUCAGGACAACAAGCUGGGCGACAUCUGCUUCUCCCUGCGCUACGUGCCUACGGCCGGCAAGCUCACUGUGGUUAUCCUCGAGGCCAAGAACCUCAAGAAGAUGGACGUUGGAGGCUUAUCAGAUCCGUACGUGAAGAUCUGUCUGAUUCAGAACGGAAAGCGGCUCAAGAAGAAGAAGACAAGCAUCAAGAAGUGUACUCUCAACCCUUACUAUAAUGAAUCCUUCUCCUUCGAGAUUCCCUUUGAACAGAUUCAGAAGGUGAAUUUGCAAGUGACGGUGGUGGACUACGAUAGGAUUGGCACCUCUGAGCCCAUCGGGCGGUGCGUGCUGGGCAUGAACGCCUCGGGCACAGAGCUCCGCCACUGGUCUGACAUGCUUGCCUCCCCGCGUCGACCUAUCGCGCAGUGGCACACGCUCAAGGACCCGGAGGAGGCAGACGCCAUCUUAACGCAGAAGUAAACGGUUGGGUGUCACCGGUAGCCUGAGAGGGAGCAAGAUGGCCUCUACAAAACCCAGAAGACUGAGCAAACUCUUCAGAACUGAGGAUAUAAACAUUAUAACAGUGCUGGAUCUACAAAGCAGGACCGAAUUCCUCACUUUGUUCAGUGAACUGUGGUUCUUGAUAAACGUUUCCUGUUAUUAGACCAGGUUAUAGUUGUAUAAAAGCCCUUUCAUGAUAUUUGCAACAACAUUUUUUGUGUAUUAAGAUAAUCAACAAUUUAUAGUUAGGAUGAAGAAUAAGGUAGAGCUAUCAGGCUUAGAGUGUCGACAGUGAACUUAAUGACUCUGUGUAAAGAAAUAUAAAAUAUUCUACUUAUUAAUUAAGUUAAAUAGUCCAGAGAUCAUUUUUUUUAAGUGAAUCAUUCCAGGAGCUUUAUAGGAAUUCGGUCGGACGUCAUCUUGCAUGUUGAAGAUUAUAAAUUAAUGGAAAUGACAAAAAUGUCAAAUUUGCAACAAAUUCCUAAUGUCUGCGAGAGAAGUGGGCCGCCAUGUUAUACAGAAUAAAUCUAGCGUAAAUGACCAGAGCCACAGCCACAGGAGAUUCCUCAGAGCAAAUCAAACUAUUUCCUACACCACUUCUGGAUGUGCUCCAUCUGGCUGCACAAGGUUUAGGCUACUACAAUGUACCAAACAACUAAAGAGAGUCUCAUGUCAUAUUUUAAAUUACAUUUUUUUUAUGAAAAUGAAUCAAUUAUGAAUUUGUUUUGAGAGAUCAACAGUAAUCCAUAAGGCUUAAUCUACUGAAUCUCUAUAUGAAGUUUGAGUUCGAGCUCUUCAACAAGCUCAACAGAGAGCUUGGGGAGGGUGCAUGCAGCCAGGUGGAGCUUGCAUCUCUUGUCUUCUACUGAGGUUGUUGCCACACUUGGGUUUCCAUAGAUAUCUUGUAUCGUAUAAUGCCUCAACCCCUUUCGGGGGGUACCAAUAUCAACCUGUCGCCUUUCUCACUUCCAAGACGCUGUCUAUAGUAUGGCUGCUGAAGGAGCUAGCUCAAGAGACCCUCCAGAAUAGUCUUCUAGUUAGUCUUCAGGCCCACCUGACUAAGGAACCAGUUACUAGGCUAACUAGUGCACCAGCUAGAUGUUAAAGGUAAAGACCUGAUAAAGAGAGAGAUGUCUUACUAGGCCAGAAACUAGCAGGGAUUUUUUUUUAAUAAAAUGUUAACUAAUACUAGCUUUGGGCUGUGUUAACUAGCUCUUGGGCUGUGUUACCUAGUACUAGCUGUUGGGUCCAGGUUAACUAGUACUAGCACUUAGAGCCAGGGACUAUUGAGAGAAACAACUAUAGCACUCGAGCGGUCCCAGCGAGGAAGCGGCAGAAGCUGUUCUGUUAAUUAGUGAAGAUUAGUAAAUGUUGUUGUCGUUUAUGAUUUCGAAGUUACUUUUGAGUGGUGACUUUCCUUGAUGCACAAGGUAUGUGCAUCCUGGCUUCAACCAAAGAUUAUUAUUAAAACUCUAUGGUGGUACAAUGUAGCUGAGUAAAGAGAACCACUUCAUCAGGGGGCAAAUGUGGGGAAAAUGAUGCUAUGUAACGCAGGAUCGACGUUGUUCUAAGGUUGAUUUAAUGUUGGGCUAAGGUGAUCGUACAUUGUUCAAAGGUUGAAGCAAUGUUGAUCCAAGGUUUAUUUUAAUGUUCCAAAGUUGAUGCAAUGGUGGUCCAAGAUUGACCUCUAGUUGUUCCAAGGUUGAUGCAACAUUAAUCCAAGGUUGAGCAAACGUUUUCCAUAGUUGAUGGAACGUUGGUCCAAGGUUAAUUUAUCAUUGUUUGAGCAUGUUUUGUCCCCUGGGGUGCACCAGAAGGGCAAACUCUGUCUGGUCCAGUCAGACUUUGCCCAUAAUCUAAUAUUCAAAAUGUCUCACAUCAUUUCUGGGUCUGUAAUUGCCUUAGGAAAAUUAAGAACAUUUUGAUGAAAAAGCAAAAAAAGUUCUGUAUAAGGGUAUAAAGGUGUAUUUUUACCCCCUUCCCCCAUCUCUCCCUCCCCAACUCACCCCUAAACAUAAAUAAGCUGAAGCAUUUGUAUACUACAUAUACAUAUGUAUUACUUAAUACUGGAUUCUCCAAAACAUUGAGCUCGGCAGUGGUGUAUAUUUUAUCUGAUAAAAUAUAUUUCAGCAUUUAUGCGUCUAUAUUUCAGUUUACAUGUGUAUUGUCAAUACACUCGUUUAUACUUGUAUAUUUAACUGUUUUAUUCAUUUAUUUAUU